CGAUUACACAAGAAAAGGCGACGGGCUUAUGAGGUUGAGGUCAGAAAAGAGGUGGAGAAGCUCGUGUAAUCGGCUUCCGGAGGGAGUCUGAUCUUGUAUUGACCGAAUCUGGGGUCUGCCGAGGUCGGAGGCGUGAUAGGUGGUUGGCUCGAAAGGUUGUAGUAGCUUAGGGAGUUCGGCAAAUGAUUACUGGCAUCGCCUGCUUGCGUCUGGAGUCAAUCGGAGAAGAUGAGUUGAGAGGAGGAGAUGAAUUGAGAGGAGAAACGGCGAGCUACAGGCACGGGUGUUGAGUCGGAAUCAGCUGUACAGUAUGGAAGUCGGUGCUUGGUUCAGAAACAGAGGAUUAUUUAGUUGGAUGAAGGCUUCGAUUGAGUGCAGGUCGUGAGGCGUGCGAAUGGCAUGGUAGAAACACUAGAACGAGAGGCUGAUCGGUUCGUCCAAGCUUUGAGUUUGCUGUCGACGUGUGGCCGGACGUUCGUGCUCUAGGGCGAGCAAUACUGUUGAGAUACCUAAACUGAGAAGCUUGAAAUGGGAAGUAAUCGGGAGGGGAAAUUCAAGUUUUGCAUUGAUAGAGGUGGAACUUUCACAGACAUCUAUGCAGAAGUUCCAGGUCGAUUAGAGUGUUGUGUAAUGAAACUUCUUUCAGUUGAUCCAGCAAACUAUGAUGAUGCUCCUAUUGAAGGAAUUAGGAGAAUCCUUGAAGAGCGCACUGGUAAUAAAAUCCCACGGUCUUCCAAGAUUCCAACUGACAAAAUUGAAUGGAUCCGUAUGGGCACUACUGUUGCUACGAAUGCUCUUCUUGAACGGAAAGGUGAAAGGAUUGCCCUUUGUGUGACUCAGGGUUUCAAAGACUUGCUUCAAAUUGGAAAUCAAGCACGUCCAAAUAUAUUUGAUCUUAAAGUCUCAAAGCCCUCGAAUCUUUAUGAGGAGGUAAUAGAGGCAGAUGAGAGGAUAGAACUUAUUCUCGAACAGGAAAUGAAAUCCUCUCCUUUGGUGGUUGAAGGUGUUUCAGGGGAGCUUAUCAGGGUGUCAAAAUCACUUGACAUUGAAGCUCUUAAACCUCUCUUGAAGGGUUUGCUUUCCAAAGGAAUUACAUGUUUGGCUGUUGUCUUGCUUCAUUCAUACACUUACCCUCAGCAUGAAAUCAUGAUUGAGAAGUUAGCUUUGAGCAUGGGUUUUAGGCAUGUUUCUCUAUCUUCUUCUUUGACUCCAAUGAUCCGUGCGGUGCCUCGAGGUCUGACAGCUAGUGUUGAUGCCUACCUAACACCAGUCAUCAAAGAAUACUUAACUGGCUUCAUGUCUAGAUUUGAGGGGGGUGCAGAAAAGGUGAAUGUGUUAUUUAUGCAAUCAGAUGGUGGUCUGGCGCCAGAGCAUAGAUUUUCUGGGCAUAAAGCUGUUCUUUCAGGGCCUGCAGGAGGAGUUGUUGGCUAUUCACAAACCCUGUUCGGUCUUGAAUCAUCGAAACCUUUGAUUGGGUUUGAUAUGGGUGGCACAUCUACAGAUGUUAGCCGCUACGAUGGAAGCUAUGAGCAGGUUCUAGAGACUCAAAUUGCUGGAGCCAUAAUUCAAGCACCACAGCUCGAUAUAAACACUGUUGCUGCUGGUGGUGGUUCAAAGCUCAAGUUUCAAUUCGGAUCUUUUCGGGUAGGACCUGAAUCUGUUGGGGCUCAUCCUGGUCCAGUCUGCUACAGGAAGGGUGGAGAGUUGGCAAUUACUGAUGCUAAUUUGAUACUAGGAACUGUUAUUCCAGAUUUUUUCCCCUCUAUAUUUGGUCCAGAUGAAAACCAGCCUUUAGAUGUUGAAGCUACCCGAAAAGCAUUUGAAAAAUUGUCCGUUGAGAUAAAUUCUUAUAAAAAAAGACAGGACCCAUCUGCUAAGGAUAUGACUGUGGAAGAGAUUGCUCUUGGUUUUGUUAAUGUUGCAAAUGAGACUAUGUGUCGUCCUAUCCGGCAAUUAACAGAAAUGAAGGGACACGAGACCAGAAACCAUGCUCUUGCUUGCUUUGGAGGUGCAGGUCCUCAGCAUGCAUGUGCUAUUGCUAGGUCCUUGGGUAUGUCUGAAGUACUGAUCCACAGAUACUGUGGCAUAUUGAGUGCAUAUGGAAUGGGCUUGGCUGAUGUUGUUGAAGAAGCACUGGAGCCCUACUCUUCAGUUUAUACUCCAGAUUCGGUGAUUGAAGCAUCCCGAAGAGAAUUGCAUCUAAAAGAUAAAGUAAAACAGAAGCUAAGAGAACAAGGAUUUAAUGAAGAAAACAUCACAACCGAGUCAUAUCUGAACUUAAGAUAUGAUGGCACUGAUACUUCCAUCAUGGUGAAGAGGCAUGUUGAAGGGGAAGCAAAUGACUUCGCUGCUGAGUUUGUGAAGCUCUUCCAGCAAGAGUAUGGAUUUAAACUUCAGAACAGAAAGAUUCUUAUCUCUGAUGUAAGAGUUCGAGGUAUUGGAGUUACAAAUAUUCUGAGGUCUCACGAGCUUGAGCCAGUUUUGGAAAACCCAGUAAAUGAGAGUCAAUACAUGAUCUAUUUUGGAACUGGGUGGCAACAGACUCCAUUGUUCAAGCUGGAGAAGUUGGGAUAUGGACACAUUUUGGAAGGCCCUGCAAUUAUCAUGAACGGAAAUAGUACCGUGAUUGUAGAACCUAAAUGCAAGGCUUUAAUAACCAAAUAUGGAAACAUAAAAAUCGAGAUUUAUUCGGCCCCAUACACCAUCAAUAUAACCGAACAAAUUGCGGAUGUGGUGCAGCUCUCUAUCUUCAAUCAUAGGUUCAUGGGCAUUGCCGAACAAAUGGGUCGGACUCUCCAAAGAACUUCCAUUUCUACAAAUAUCAAGGAGAGGCUCGACUUCUCUUGUGCUUUGUUCAGUCCUGAUGGAGGACUAGUUGCAAAUGCCCCUCAUGUACCCGUGCAUCUAGGCGCCAUGUCUACUACUGUUCGUUGGCAAAUCGAGUACUGGGGUGAAAAUCUUCAUGAAGGGGAUGUUUUAUUAACUAAUCAUCCAUGUGCUGGUGGAAGCCAUCUACCUGAUAUAACUGUUAUUACUCCUGUUUUUGAUAAUAGCAAACUAGUCUUUUUUGUGGCAAGCAGAGGCCACCAUGCAGAGAUUGGUGGCAUUACUCCUGGGAGUAUGCCCCCUUUCUCUAAAGCUAUUUGGGAAGAAGGAGCCGCCAUCAAGGCAUUGAAACUUGUUGAGCGAGGAGUCUUCCAAGAAGAGAGAAUCGUCAAACUGCUUCAAUCUCCAAACUCUGAUGAAAAUUCAGCUUACAAGAUUCCAGGAACUCGCAGGAUUCAGGAUAACCUAUCUGAUCUUAGAGCGCAGGUGGCUGCAAACCAGAGGGGGAUAACCCUGAUUAAAGAACUCAUUGAGCAGUAUGGAUCAGAAACCGUACAGGCUUACAUGAUUCAUGUACAACGAAAUGCUGAAGAUGCCGUUAGGGAAAUGCUCAAGUCAGUGGCCGCUCGAGUGGAACAGGAAAACCGCUCGUGCAUCAUCGAGGAAGAGGACUAUAUGGAUGAUGGCUCGGUCAUCCACUUGAGGCUCUGCAUCGACGCAAAAACUGGCGAAGCAACCUUCGAUUUCAAGGGAACCAGCCCUGAAGUCUAUGGUAAUUGGAAUGCCCCACAAGCAGUAACGGCUGCAGCCGUAAUCUACUGUCUCCGCUGCUUGUUAGAUGUCGAUAUCCCUCUGAAUCAGGGAUGCUUGGCCCCUGUAAAAAUUUUCAUUCCAGACGGCUCUUUCCUUUCUCCAAGUGAGAAAGCCGCAGUUGUUGGCGGCAAUGUACUCACUUCACAGAGGGUGACCGAUGUUAUCCUUACAGCAUUCCAGGCCUGUGCUUGUUCACAAGGUUGUAUGAACAAUCUAACAUUUGGAGAUAACAAUUUUGGAUAUUAUGAGACAAUUGGAGGAGGUAGUGGUGCUGGACCUACUUGGAAGGGAACCAGUGGAGUUCAAUGCCACAUGACUAACACCAGAAUGACCGAUCCCGAGAUUUUCGAGCAAAGAUAUCCGGUUUUGUUGCGUAGAUUCGGCCUUCGAGAGAACAGCGGCGGAGCUGGGUAUCACAGAGGGGGUGAUGGACUUGUGAGGGAGAUAGAGUUCCGGCGCCCAGUGGUAGUAAGUAUACUUAGCGAAAGGAGAGUAAUUGCUCCGAGAGGUUUGAAGGGUGGGGAGAAUGGUUCUCGUGGGGCUAAUUAUCUUAUUAGAAAGGAUAAGAGAAAGGCAUAUCUGGGAGGCAAGAACACAGUCGAGGUGGAGGCUGGUGAGAUUCUUCAGAUUUUAACUCCUGGUGGUGGUGGAUGGGGAGCUGCUGCUUCUUCUUCUACGUAGGAAUUGAGUAUUUAUUUAUUCACAGGAAUAAUAUCCGUUGGUGAACAGAGAUCUUCAUACGAAUUUUGAUGUUUGGAAACCUGGAAAAAGUCGCAGCAGCUGAUCAUUUGUCUGAAUGUUUUAUGGGUUUUUAGUAAAAUUUUGUUUACAAUUGCAUUUAUGUAGAGUUGGUAGGUAAAUAAAAAUUGAAUAAUUUUGCAUGAUCAAGACAUUUAAUAAGUGAAAUACUGUCAGCAAUAAUUUUGAUGAA